UCCAGCAGCGGCAGCGGCGGCGGCGGCUCAGUGCGCCGGGGAGCGUCAGGGAGCAGGACGCACCGUGGAAAGGGGGGGAAGCGGGACGCGGUGGAUCAGAAAACACGACCCCUCCUCGGCUUCAAAGGGAAGCCAGAGCUCCCUUGGACUGUGUGAUUCCGGGGGGGAAGGAAAACAGCGGGACAAAGUGUGGGUUAUAUCUGGGGAGGACAGUAACCGGUAGUGGGCAGGAGAUGCCGCUCCAGCCCGACUCAGCGCACCGCGCAGUCCGCCUCAGAGGCUGGUGAUGCCCGCCGCGGCGCGGGGAUCCCCACCCAGCAGCGGCAGGAGCAGCAGCAGCAGGAGGAGCAGGAGGAGGAGGUCGGUACAGCAGGGCGUCGGGGAGAUGGUGGUGGUUCGGUCGGGAUCAUGGCCAACGGAACCGGUUCUAUCAUGCUGAAGUGCGUCGUGGUUGGAGACGGCGCGGUGGGCAAAACGUGUCUCCUGAUGAGCUAUGCCAACGACGCCUUUCCAGAGGAGUAUGUGCCCACGGUGUUUGACCAUUAUGCAGUGAGCGUCAACGUUGGAGGCAAGCAGUACCUGUUGGGACUGUAUGACACAGCUGGUCAGGAGGACUACGACCGUCUGAGGCCCCUGUCCUAUCCCAUGACAGAUGUCUUCCUCAUCUGCUUCUCUGUCGUCAACCCGGCCAGUUUCCAAAACGUGCGUGAGGAGUGGGUGCCGGAGCUGCAGGAGUACGCACCCAGUGUUCCUUAUCUGCUCAUUGGCACGCAGAUUGACCUUCGUGAUGACCCCAAGACUAUUGCAAAGCUGAACGACAUGAAGGAGAAGCCAAUCGCCACCGAGCAAGGACAGAAACUGGCCAAGGAGAUUGGGGCCUGUUGCUAUGUGGAGUGUUCGGCGCUGACCCAGAAGGGCCUGAAGACGGUGUUUGAUGAGGCCAUCAUCGCCAUUCUGGCUCCGAAGAGAAAGAAGGGAUCGAUGAAGAGAAGGCUGGGACCCCGCUGCAUCAACUGCUGCCUGAUCACGUGAUGCGGUGGCCCAGAGAUUCCUUUAGUGAGAGACCACAAGUCAAACAUGGGCUGAAGGCAAAAGACCGGAACAGGAAAGAUGCAAAGACACAUACAAGGAGGACUGAUGGACAAAACAAGAGCUAACUGUGAGGUGCAAGACUCUUGACAUACCAUAACACUCCCCUGCUGUUCAACUGGAGCGGAGAAUGCAGUUUUUACCAAAGGAGCUCAAAGCCCAGUCAUUCUCUUCUUCUACAAGACUUUUGCCUCAGAAGUACCUUCUUUUCUAACCAUUUUAAUAUUUUUUUCUUUGUUUUUGUUCCCUGUGUGCUGUCAUAUGACACACAGGAAAGACAAAAGAACAUUUCAGCUUUAAGAUGGAUGCUUAAUUCAUAAGUAUAUAUAUCUAUUGUUUUUGAAAAAGCAUUUUAAUUAAUACGUUUAUAUUCCCGAAUCUCCGAAAUGGGGAAUGAGAAUAGGUGUUUGCUCAUGAAAGUCUGCCAAGAGAGACUCAGUGUGCUCAUCUAUUCUGAGCCCAGUUUCACAUUUUUUUAAUUUAAAAACUUUGAAUUACUCUGAAUUUGGACCUACAGAAUAAACCGCUGUUAGCACAGCACUGUGCAAAUGACAAAUUGUGGACCUACAACUACGUUAUCUCUAAGGUUCCUUGCCUUGUGAUUGUUUUGUAGUGUGGCAUGCCAAAAACACUCCAGGGUAGAAUGAGACGGAGAAGAUCACAAGAAAAUUAAAAUGUUUAUUAUCCAUUUUUAGAAUCUAUAUUAUCCAGAGUUUAUAAGAUUGUAUCACUCAAAUAUCAUUGAGAUCAUAUUUUAUCAGCUAAAUAAUUAUUUUUUAUCAUCAUGCAGUAACUUGCUAUGUUCUUAUCGAUUUUAAGACAGAAAAUGUAGACAGAAUUUUCGAAUGAAAUUCUAAUAUCUCCCAAAGAAUCAAAUGCACAUUUUUCAUUAGAGGGCAUAUAUCAUCAUUUUUACAAUGCAUACAAUUUUUUUUUUCCUUUUUAAAAUAUUUUUUACAUACUACCUGUUUGAGAUGAAUUUUAAAAAAAGCGUAAAAUUAGAAUGUCAAGCACAGGGCAGAGAAGAGUGCAGCAGAAAGAUGCUGUAGGCGAUGGGGUUGUGUUUCAGAUGCAAAACCUCUGUCAUCGCUGCAUAACCCAAUGUUCAAACAAUAUAUUAUACUUGUGAUAGCAAGGAUCUCCAGCACUAAUUUAAGUUAAUCAAGGAAAGGUUUUCCAUUCCGCAGGAGGUAAUCAGGGAAAGUCUGAGAACGGUAGCUUGAAUACUUAGCAAACCGGCACUCUAUAGAGGUAUUUAAAAGCGACCCGUCUGAAUCCUAGUCUGCAUGUAAUUUAACCCAGUGGCAAAUCACCGCUUGUUAUAAUUCGUUCAUAACAAUAAAAUUCUCUCUGCAUUCAGAAAGACAUAAUUUCUGCUCUCUGGUUCUGACCUGCAUUUUUACCGUCCACAGACAUGUAUCAGUAUAUUUCUCCCCACAACUGUGUGAGACAAUGGAUGUCCUACUGUUCUCCGUCUAAUUGCUCUUUCAAAACAUCACUGUGAUGACGGUCAUUGUCACUCCAUCCCAAUAGACCUGUCUGCAGUUAGUUUUCCUUUAAUGUGUCGUAUUUGAGCCUAAAAAAGGCACUUUAAGCUAAUAUAACUCCACUCUCAUCACCCACUAGUGUUCUAAUACUAACAUUCAACAGCGGCAGGGAAACGCUCUUAUCCAAUUCUCCCAGUCAAGAAGGGAAAGAAAACAAAUUGCAGCAGAAGCUCAUUAUGUGGCAAAACACACAGGAAGAUUGUUUGUAGGAAGAAAACAUCUUAGAUUUAACACAGUCUGUUGACAUCCGUGAAGGUUUGCACUGACUGAACAUACACAAAGUAAAAAACGCUUUAAAAGACAGCAGCUUCUUUUGUUAUAAACUACCGGUGUGCUACUUCUCGAUGGUCUGGCUGUUUACUCCCUUCUCAAGCUAGCUGUCCUAGCCGUGGGCCUGAAUGGUUCAAUUGUUGUGUCCCCUCAGGUCUGACCAUUAAAUCCAAGAUUCAAAUGAAUUUAUAAACAUGGGGCAAAAGGUGUUUUCAGCAGGGAGACAGUUUCUGUGGGUGAGGAGCAAUCUGUUCUCUUCAACUAUUCACUUCCACUGAGCUCAGCUGUUUACUGCACAGAAGAUGUUAAAUAAUAGGUCAUUCUACAUAUUUGGUAGUGCCUUCCAAUUUUAGUUGGCCUAACUUAAAAUGUUAUUUUUGUUUUGUUUUAAAAAUACAAACCCACAACACAUGCAAGGCUGACUGUGAUUUAUUUAUGUUUCAUGAUUUUUAAGGUUUUCUGGCUCUAAAAUAUGAUGAUAUAUGCCUUUUAAAAUCGUGUGGCCAGGAUUACGUAAUACUGCACAUGUACCGCACAACAAUGAAGCACAGCUGCAACUGCUCCAUUUUUCAGGACAACAAUGCACAUUCCCAAUGCUUCCCAACGCCCACACAGUUUCAGGAAACAGCUGUCUAAAGCACACAAGAUGCGCACGGCUCUGUCUGGCAGGAACAAUCAGAAGUUCAACAUGUGAAAAUUUUGCAUCAAGUUUCCAUUAUAGCUCUCAAAUGCCACCAUUAUGGAAAGUAAAGUAAAUACACUGACCAAAACAGUUCUAUGUAAAUCAAAAUCACAUUUGGUUGUGAUAAGUAUUGGUUUAAACAUUUACUAACCUAUAAUAUAUACCAAUAAUUUUAGAUAUUGCUUGGUUAGCUUUCUCUACAGACAGUAGAUCUCUCUUUAUGUUUCCCUAAAUAUAUUUUUUUAUAUUUAGCUCCUGACAAGCAGUAGUUGACUGAAACAAUUGUCAAAGCAGAUGCUAGCUGUGUUAGCUCCUAAAUGCUAGCCAUCUAGCUAGCUAACUAAUGGCAGCCAAGCAUAGUUUACCGUAUUUUUAUUUAAAAUGUAGCUGACAAAGUUAUGCUGCCAAAUUAUUCUAAAUCCAAUUUAUGAAAUCAAAUAAAGUAUAUUUAAAUACACAAAAUAUCACAUAAACAAUGAUAAUCAAGAAAAAUAAAUAAAACUGAAGGGUUAGCAUAAUUACAGGUAAACAUUUUCUUGCUUUAAGGUUACAGUUAUUGCUACUAUAUUCUACCCCUGGCACAAAAAAAAAAAAAAAAAACAGAAACCACCACUCUUAAAUUAUCAUUCAGUUGUUAUACUUUCAUUUAACAGCUGAACAUUCUGGUUUACCAAAGCACACCUCUUGAAAAUUAAAUGACCCCUUUUCUUUCAGAUCAACCGGAGCAAAA